CUCCCCUACCGCUGGGCAGGAAAAACAAAACGCUGGAGAGAACGGGGAAGGGGACUGCACAGAGGAAGUCCUGAUGGAGGCGGCAGCACAUUAACCACUACGGAUCACCAUUUGCUGUGACUUGUACCUCUGACUUGAAAACACCAGCCUGACCAUAAUGCAACAGACCUUAGAAUUGGCACUGAAUCGGGCUGAGUAUGUCAUCGAAAGUGCCAGACAAAGACCUCCAAAACGCAAGCAUUCAUCAGGAGGAAGGAAAUCGGUGUUCCAUAAGCUGUAUGACCUGUACAUAGAAGAAUGUGAAAAGGAACCGGAAGUUAAGAAGGUAAGAAGAAAUGUGAAUCUCCUAGAGAAGCUGGUAAUGCAAGAAACCCUAUCUUGUUUAGUAAUCAACCUGUAUCCAGGAAAUGAGGGCUACUCACUCAUGCUACGAGGCAAGAAUGGCUCAGAUUCUGAAACCAUCCGAUUGCCUUAUGAAGAAGGAGAGCUCUUGGAAUAUCUGGAUGCCGAAGAAUUGCCCCCCAUUUUAGUAGACCUUCUGGAAAAGUCUCAGGUGGUGAAUAUCUUCCAUUGUGGCUGUGUCGUUGCUGAAAUUCGGGACUACCGUCAGUCUGGAAGUUUAAAGUCACCAACUUAUCAAACUAGACAUGUUCUUCUACGACCAACAAUGCAGACUUUAGUCUCCGACAUACAUGCCAUCACUAGUGACAACCACAAGUGGACACAGGAAGACAAACUACUGCUCGAGAGCCAGCUGAUUCUGGCAACAGCGGAGCCCUUGUGCCUUGACCCAUCCAUCUCCGUUGCUUGCACUACAAAUCGCCUUCUGUUCAACAAGCAGAAGAUGAACACGGUUCCCAUGAAACGGUGUUUGAAAAGGUAUUCCCGACCAGCUCUAAACAGGCAACAGGAAUUAUCAAAUUGUCCGACCCCGCCACAGCUCAGACUGCUCGACUAUCUACAUAAAAGGAAAGAAAGGAAAGCCUCACAACCCCAGUUUGACCUUAAGAUAUCUAAAAUUGGGAAUUGUGUUGACAUAUGGAAACAAAACCCGUGUUCAUUUGCUGUACCCUCUGAAGUGGAUGUUGAAAAGUAUGCAAAAGUGGAAAAAUCUUUCAAACUUGAUGACUCGCAACCUACUGUCUGGCCAGCAGAUGAUACAAAAGAGGAUUAUCUAUUUGAAUGUGAAUCUGGGAGCCCAUUCAACAGAGGGAAAUUGACCAUUUUCCAGAACAUAGGCAAUCCUUUGUACUUCGGUAAAAUGCAGACCUCCAAAGCUGAAGAGGAUGAUGACUUCCACUCCCCUUCUUCUCAAUUUCUCGUUGGAUCAAAAAUUGAUAUAGAUCGAGUGGUCAAUCAGUAUCUUGAGUUGUUUACAAAUGAGUCCAAAGGUUUUGUGAAGAUGACGCACAAUGCUGGAGGAGUUGCAAGCCCAAAUCCCAUGUCACCAGGCAAGGAAAUCGAGGCAGACGGUAUCGCAGGCUCUAUCCAGUCCUCUGUACUGGGUAAAGGCGUCAAGCACAGGCCACCUCCCAUUAAACUUCCUUCUAACUCUGGCAAUAAUUCUCCAGGUAAUCUAUUUAGUCACCAACAGGCGAGUGGUCACCUGAAAUCCACAACUCCGCCUCCAUCUAAACCACCAAGUAUCUCUCGAAAACAGUCAGUGGACCUUAAUCAAGUCGGCUUGCUCUCACCAGCUGCUCUGUCACCAGCCAGCUCAUCACAAAGAUCUGGAACACCCAAACCAUCUACUCCUACACCAACCAACACCCCAUCAUCGACACCGCAUCCACCCGAUGUUUCCAGCUCCGCUCCUAUCACUCCUUCUGUCACCCCCACACCCCAAGACUCGAGCUUUAGUUCACAGCAGCCCACAUUGAUAGGACCGUUUGCUCAGCAGCAAAUGUCUCUGAGUCAGGGGUUACCUGUAAUGACCAUUCCGCUGUCUACCAUGGUAACAUCUAUAACUACGGGAACUGCAUCCACCCAAGUUAUGGCAAAUCCUGCUGGACUUAAUAUCAUCAAUGUAGUUGGAUGUGGCCCACAGGCAUUGAUGAGUGGCUCAAAUACCAUGCUGGGGUGUAGUACUGGUGCCAUAGCCCCCGCAGGGAUAAAUCUGAGUGGCAUUUUACCUCCAGGAGGCCUGGUGCCAGGUACAAUGCCAGGCUCAUUGCCGGCUGCCAUGCAGUCUGCCUCUCAGGCAGGUGGGCCCUUUGGCAUAAAAAAUACUUCCAGUUUGAGACCAUUAAAUCUACUUCAGCUUCCUGGUGGUUCACUCAUAUUCAACCCAAUGCAGCAACAGAACCCUUCGCUGUCCCAGUAUUCACCUCAGCAGUCCCAGCAGACCACCACGGCCAGUCCCCAGCAGCAGGGAGAUCAGCUGGGACUGUUACCAUCGGGAAUGGAACAAGGUUCUAACAGUCAAGAACAGACUUUAUCUUCACAGCAAGCAGCUGUCAUUAAUCUAACAGGAGUAGGUGGUUUUAUGCCUCAGCAGGCAGCUGUGUCACCCCAGCUCGGCUCUACUGUGAAUAGACCCGGGCAGGGUCGUCCAUACCAGAAUCUGCAGCUCUCUCCUGCCUUACAACUGCAGCAGCAAAAGCAGCAUAUCCAAUUGCAAUUCUUGCAACAUCAAAUGCACCAAAUGGCUACGGCAGCAGCACAAGCACCAGCACAGCACCUUCCUCAUUCCGACAGCAAAUCAAGAAGUAAACUGAGAGGACGCUCUGCCCUGGAACCAAAAUCCUGAGAUCACACUCAUCCACCAGCAACAACGAAAGACACUGAACACAUCAGCCAGCAAAUGCCUUCUCCAAUAGUUUUAAA